AAUUGAUCCCAACAAUUUGAAGAUGGGAUUUCAUCAGGUAUUUCAUUCCUUGCAGGAAGUUUUCCCAGAGAUCGAUGCUCGGAUUCUUAGAGCUGUUGCUGUUGAGCAUAGCAGAGAUGCCGAUGCAGCUGUUGAGGCAGUGCUCGUGGAGAUUAUCCCUUUCCUUUCAGAAAUAUCUCGACCAGGCACUCCUUUGUCUGUGAGCACCGCUUCUGUAGGCAAACCAUCUCAAGCUGAUGUACAUUCUGUUGCCACUGUUGAAACCGGGGUUAGCGUACCUGCUCAUAUUGUGGACUACACUGGUGAACCAAAUGGUUCAAAUCUGAACCGCCGUGGAAAGAAGCCUGCUUUGCAUGCUGAGCCCUUCUACGAUACAUAUCAUGAACCUUAUGAAGGAGAGCGUAGUGUACGUCAAGCUAGAGUGUAUCAAUUAAAUGGGAAGGGAGUACGAAAGAACGCUGAUGUUCUUGUUCGCCGCCGUUGCGAAGGUAUUGUCAUAAAUGAGGAUAGAGCACAAAAGAACGCUGAUGUUCACCGUCGUAGUGAAGCUGUUGCUUUUGAAACAAUCGGGUUGAACACUCGUCAAUCUGAAGUACGAGGAGACUCGAAAGAAGACGAAACUGUUUCGGCAGAUAAAUGUCCUACUCAUGAAUUGGGAACGGUGCAAGAUGAGGUUUUAGAAAUCAAUCAGCAAAUGAAUCCCAUUAAGGAAAAGGAGGAUUUCGACCACUUGGAGGUUAAUUUCGGCGGUCUUGCCAUUAAAGAAAGUGAUGUGGGGAAGUCUUGUCCAGAUGGCAACAAUUUAGAUGUUGAAAUUGAUUCACCGAUUGUUGAUGCUCUAACAACAGAUGCUCCAACAACAGGGGCUUUAGAAAGCAGUUCCGAGUUGGUAGUAGUGAGUGAGGUCGAUGGUAGUGAUGAAGGGAAAUUGGAAUUGGAAGUAAGUUUGCCGACGAAUACUGAUCCCAUCGUAGAAAGUUCAUGCAACAUUGUUGGAACCGAAGAUGAAUCUACCUUGAGUACCUCCAUGUCCCAGUCGAGCCAAGUCCAAGUUAUGGAUGCGCUCGAGGAAAUUAUUACAGAUGCGAGAAAUAAUAAGAAAACAAUGUUCGCGGCUAUGGAGUCUGUUAUCAGCUUGAUGAGGGAAGUGGAGCUCAAAGAGCAAGCGGUAGAGCAAGCCAAAGUGGAGGCUGCUGUGGGGGGUUCUGAUGUACUGUUCAAGGUGGAAGAACUUAAACAACUCGUGCAAAGUGCGAAGGAUGCAAAUGGCAUGCAUGCUGGGGAAGUGUACGGUGAGAAAGCGAUUCUAGCAACUGAGUUGAGGGAGCUUCAAUCUCGUGUGCUCUCUCUGUCAGAUGAGAGAGACAAAUCUCUUUCUGUUCUUGACGAGAUGCGUCGAACAUUGGAGGUGCGAUUAGCUGCAGCCGAGAAUGAAAUAAAGUCUGCCGAAGAGGAAACGAUAAAAAAAGAAAAGGCUGCAAUGGAAGCCUUUGCAGAACAGAAGUUGAUUAUGGAGAAAGUGGUGGAAGAGUCGAAGAUCCUUAAACAACAGGCAGAAGAUAAUGCCAUGUUGCAGGAAUUUCUUAUGGAUCGUGGACGUGUUGUAGAUAUGUUGCAAGGGGAAAUAGCAGUUAUAUGUCAUGACGUGAGGCUAUUGAAGGAAAAGUUCGAGGAACAUGUGCCUUAUAGCAAAUCACUUGCAUCGAGCCAGACAAGCUGCAUCUUAGCUUCGUCUACCUCUUCUUCCAAAAGUUCUAAUCCCGAGCAAGUGGAGCCAUUGCGUAAUGAUUCUUCAUUGGAGACUGAAAAGAAGACGAAAUCGAUUUCUCGUUUUUUCAAACACUACUCCUCGUCUGAAGAUGAAGCUGCUGCUACUGACGAUGACCUCAAGGCACUUGCAGAUAAUGAUGAUGAUGAUGAUGGAUGGGAGCUUUUCGAUAUUAAUCGUGAAAUUUACGAGUGACUGAAUUGUUCUAAGAAUUAACUUGAUUGUGCUGGAUUCCAGAUUUUGUUUCUUUUAGUUUUUUGUUUUUUUGAAUUAUUGCUUUUUUACUUUCAGAAUUUAUGGACCCGAAUAAUGGCUCUGGGAGAUUUGCUUAUUUAUGUUUAUACUUUUUGUCCAUAUGAGAAAUAAAACGUUUCCAGGUCUUUGGAGCGCUUCGUUUUUU